AAAGUUAUCAGAGACAUCUGAAAGUGAUUCAGAGAAUAAAGUAUCAUUCAGCUAAACAGUUCUUGUUCUCUGUUUCUGUUCUCUGUUCGACACACUUGUUACAACGACAGUGUGGUAUUACCUCUGUCCUAUCAUCUCUGUUUCUAACAUUGUGGUAUCAGAGCGUAGAUUUCGAUCCUCCUUUACAUCCUAUCUGAAGAAAUGGCAGGCAACGGUUCAAACCAGCCACUUUCUGUUCCACAGUUUAAAGGUGAGAAGUAUCACCUUUGGAGUCUUAAGAUGAAGACUAUGUUUAGAUCUCAAGAGGUUUGGGAUUUGGUGGAAAAUGGAUUUGAAGAUGCAAAUCCAGCGGCACCCGAUCAGCAGUUACGGGAGAGUCGCAAGAAGGAUGCAAAGGCGUUGUUUCUCAUUCAAUCAGCCCUGGAUGAGGAUAUUUUGUCACGGAUUGUUGCCGUGAAUACGUCUCAUGAAGCAUGGGAGAUUUUGAAGCGUGAGUAUUUGGGUGAUCAGAAGGUGAUCACUGUGAAGCUGCAGACUCUACGUCAUAGUUUCGAGACAAUCUCAAUGAAGGAGAAAGAAACUAUACAAGAGUAUUUGGCAAGAGUUUCUACCAUUGUGAAGGGAGAGUUCUCUGCGCAGAACAACAGUGGAUAUGGUAGAGGAAGAGGUAGCUUCAGAGGCGGUAGAGGCAGAGGACGAUCUGGUGGUCGUGGAGACUCUGGUCGUGGAACAGGCCAAUCAGACAGUGUCAGUCUAUCGUACAACAGAGGUACGGACAAGAGCAAUAUUCAGUGUCAUUAUUGCAAGAAGUAUGGUCAUAUGCAAGUUGACUGUUGGAAGAAACAGAAUGAAGAAAAGCAAGCAAGCUUUGUUGAAGAAGAUGUGCAGCCAAGACUUUUCAUGGCAUACAAAAGUCUGGAUGUGUCCAAAACAGUGUGGUAUUUGGACAGUGGGUGUUCGAAUCAUAUGUCGGGCAUCAAGUCAAUGUUUAAGGAGAUAGAUGAGUCGUACAAGCUUAAGGUGAAGCUUGGAGAUGAUAAAGAAGUUCAAGUUGAAGGAAGAGGUAUUGUGGUCGUUCACAAUGGUGAUGGUAAUCUCAAACUCAUUUAUGAUGUGUAUUACAUUCCUGAGCUGGCGCAGAAUCUGUUGAGUGUUGGACAGAUGGUGGAAAACAAUUGUUCUGUUUUCUUUGAUGGUAAUGUGUGUGUUAUCAAGGAUAAGAAAUCCGGAAGCACGUUAGCUGUGGUGAAGAAGACAUCAAACAAUCUAUACCCAUUAGAGAUGUCUUCAGUGGAAGCAAGUUCUUUGGUUGCUAAGGUUUCAGAGGAAACAAGGCUGUGGCACUUGCGGAAUGUCACAUUUGAUGAGGUUUCAGUUUGGAGGUGGCGUGAAGGUGACAAUGGUGAGCUUGUUGAAGUCCUGUCUGACAGCACUGCUGAACAGGAAGAGAAUCAGAGUCCAGCUGGUUCUGAAGUUAAUACACCAGCAAAUUCAGUCCCAAAUUCACCUAAUUCAAGCAAUGACGGUGGUGCAAACAGUGAAGGAAGUACACCUCAAAAAUUCAGAUCCCUGCGAGACAUUUAUGAGAUGGGUUUGGUCAUGAGGUUUGAUCUUUACCUUAUGUUUGUGAUGUUGAUGGGUUUGGGGUUUACGAUAUCAAAUGGAUACAAAUUCUAUGUUGGUGGGAAAGAUGGUUGGGUCCCUACUCCGAUCCUUCCGAAGAUUAUUCUCAUUGGUCUCACCGAAACCGGUUUCAAGUCAACGACACUCUUCUACGGGAAGGGAAAAGAUUCAGUGUUGGAGGUGAGGGAACAAGAGUACAACACAUGCAACACGACAACCCCCCCCCUGACUUCCCUCCCAGACGGAGACUCUCUCUUUCUACUUAGCCACUCCGGUUCCUUCUUUUUCAUUAGUGGCAACUCUCAAAACUGUCUCUUGGAGAUUCUUGAAACACUUGAGAGGAGAAAAUUCCAAGCUGUACAACAACAGAAAGUUGACACUAGUAAGCUCUUGGAACAUUUUAACACAUCAAACAAGCCAUCAGCAGAAGAAAGCACUAUUGUUGCCUAAAGUGGGUGAAACAAGAGUCUUAAGGACUACCAGAUGAUAGGGAUUUGAGAGAAGAUUAUUGUCUUCUUGCCCUGAAUCACUCUCCUUGCCGCUGUUUAGGUCAAUUGAUGUACAGACCUUGGAGUUAAGACUCAAUAAUAAAUCUUAAAAGCAGUU